AAAUUUCCACAUCCUAAAUCAUUGUCAUUGUUCGUCAGUUUUCGUUGUUCUCAGGCUGGUUCUGUGUUCUUCUUCGGACACAGAUCACAACCUUAAAGUUUUCUUCUUCUUCUUUUUUUUCUCCUCCCUUGAAAAAAUUUCCCAAACCCUGUUUGGCUGCCGAGAAAAUUAUUAUUUAAAAUAAACCCCGGAAAUUCACAACGUAAUUUUUUAUUUUGUGGGACCAAAAUUGAUCAAAGAGUUAAAUUGUGUGUACCUAAAGUCCGGACACAGCUUCGAAGGGAUUUAAUUUAUGAGCACGAGAUCCCCUUAUUCGAUACAGUGAUUUGAAUAGGAAUUGAAUGAAUGGAUUCUACUCUAAAAUGCACAAUUCUGUUAAUUCUUCUUGGAUUAGUGGUGAAUGCCUUUUCUGUAACUGAUUACGAGCAUUGCGAAAAUGUGGUAAAAAAAUGGGCUACUAAUUCGCUUAAACAUGAAAGCAAAGAGGAUAAACACGCGCUCAAGGAUUUACUUUUCUUCCUUCAUGUUCCUCGGACCGGAGGUCGAACCUAUUUCCACUGUUUCUUAAAGAAGUUAUAUUCGAGUUCUCUAGAGUGCCCCCGAUCUUAUGACAAGCUACGGUUCGAUCCUAGCAAGGAAAAAUGCAGGUUGUUGGUUACUCAUGAUGACUAUAGCAUAAGUUCUAAACUUCCCAGGGGCAGGACAUCAGUGGUGACGAUACUUAGGAAUCCGAUUGACCGUGUCUUUAGCACAUAUGAGUUUUCAGUGGAGGUGGCAGCUAGAUUCCUAGUGCAUCCCAACUUAACAUCUGCCACACAAAUGGCAGGACGUUUGCGAUCUAAAAAUAAAGGAGUAAGUACUCUGGAUAUAUGGCCUUGGAAGUAUCUGGUUCCGUGGAUGCGGGAAGACCUGUUUGCUCGGAGAGAUGCUAGGAAAACUAGGGGCACCAGCGAUUUUACAAGCGGUGAUCCAUACAACAUGGAAGACAUUGUAAUGCCAUUGCUCAAUUACAUUAACAAUCCUAUAGCUCAUGAAAUUGUCCAUAAUGGUGCAACCUUUCAGAUUGCAGGGUUGACAAACAACUCUUAUUUACCUGAAUCACAUGAGGUGCGCCAUUGCGUAGAUAAGUACAACAAUCUUGGUGACUACGUGCUUCAAGUUGCAAAGAAGAGGUUGGACAAUAUGUUAUAUGUUGGUCUAACUGAGGACCAUAGGGAAUCUGCAACAAUGUUUGCCAAUGUGGUUGGGCAACAAGUGAUUUCUCAGCUGGUAAACUCUAAUGCUAUUGGGAAGGGAGCCAAUGUUAAUAAUUCAGAACAGGGCACUUCAUUUUCAGAUUCAGAGCUGGAUCAGAAUACCAACUCAGACGAAAAGGGGAAUGAAACCACAUCAUCAGAUGACAAUGAAGUAAACCAAGAUAAUAUGACUGUGGAAAAACUUAUGGACACUUAUGAGGUUUGCAUUUCCGGCUUGCGAAAGACCCAAACACGUCGACGUAUAGCUUCCUUGAAGAGAAUCUCCCCUGCAAACUUCACUAAGGAGGCACGUAAUAGGGUUCCUCAAAUGGUCCUCCAGCGGAUACAAUCACUUAACAAGCUUGAUGUGGAGCUCUAUGAGUAUGCUCAAGGCAUCUUUGCAAAGCAGCACAAGCAAGCAGCCGAGAAGUUGUUUGAUGCGAGAACACUAGGAAGCAUCUUCAUUUAUUCGGGUGGCAUCAAACUUUGGGAUGCCUGUUUGUGGACCAUGCCAUUUGUCUUGCUGUUCAUCUUCUUGUUUGUAAAUGCAAAGCGAAGAACAUUGAAAUUGAAGAUAUGAAUGUUACUGGCUAUUCGGUUUUAUGGAUCACACCCAAAGAAGAAACGAAAAACAAAAGUUGUAUAAAAAGAAUAGGGAAUUAGCUUAUUAUUUCAGCAUGCUGGAGUGCUUACAUGUGAAGCACAACCGUUGGGUACAGUUUUGGGUACAAAAUUUUUCGGUAGAGAUGGCUGGCUUUAUUACGAUAUUAUCUAUGGAAAAAAUGCUUUAUGAUUUGCUUUA